AUGACUCCUCAGCUAAAGGCAGCAACACUCAAGCAGCUGGCGGUGCAGCAGCAGCAGAAGCUGCUGCUGCAGUGCCACCAAGAAGACAAGCAGCAGCAGCAACAGCAACAGCAAGACCCGCAGCAGCAGCAGCAGCAGCAGCAGCAGCAAAUGGCAACAACGGAAGCCCCAUAUGUAAAGCCAUGCAGUGCAGCAGAGGCUAUGAACUCUCCCUUCGCAGCAGCAGCCGCUGCAGCAGCUGCUGCUGCUGCAGCAGCAGCAGCAGAAGGUUUAAAUGCAGCAGCAGUAGGUGAUGGCAGCAAUGACAUAUUAAUGCUGCAUGCAGCAGCAACAGGAAUUGCUUUCUGUGCAAAAGAGAAGGAAUUCUGCAGCUUCUGCCGCUGCUAA